AUGUGUGCUGAUUCCUUUGAAGUUUCUAAUUCAUUUUCUCAUAGUGAGAAUUCUAUUCAUGAAGACACACCAACUAAAAGUCCAGUUAUUGCUACAUCUCCUACAAGGAGGGAAAAACAUACUCUUGAUACGAGGCAUAUUAAGAAUAGAAAGUGUAUUCAAGAAGCUGUGUUAAUAGGUAUUCUUAGUAGACAUUGUUCUAUUGUUUAUGAACGUCCAAAGAAAAGAUCUAGUUUAACUCAUCAGUUGUUUAAAAUCAAGGCACUAAUUUUUGAUAAUGAAUAUUUUAAUGUCGAAGAAUUUCUUGAAAGACAAACUAGAGGUGUUUAUGAAAAUGCUAUAGAAACUGGAUUAAAUAAAAAGAAUGCAACAAGGAGAUUAGAAAAUGAAAAAGUUGUAAUUCUUCUUGAUUUUCUUGUAGACAUUUGUCUUAAUCUUGGUUAUUUCUUUGAAACAACUAGAAUGAGAAAUCCAUUAGCUCGUACUAAAGUUGAUUUUGUUGAAGCUGUUUAUUAUAAAGGUAAAUUAGUUAUUGAUGAUGAGUUAGUAAAAAAAGCUGGUUCAUUAAUAUCUACUCAUUUGUUCUCACUUACUACUGCUUCUGAAAAAGAAUGUACUGUACAAAAAGGUGAUGAAAAUAUUAAAUCAUUCUUUUACAGACGUCCUGUGUUUAAACCUUCACCAAUCUUUAAUGCCAACAACAUGUCAAUCACUAUUUAA